AUGUCUAUCUCGAGUAGCUCUUCGUAUCCGUCUGCGCGACGCUCUUCUUCAGCUGUAGAGACUUUCCCGAUAUUUCCAGCCUCACUUGGCAACUGUACAGAGACCAAUUUGCAGAGAAGUGGACAACGUUUCCUCCGGAGAACUCACGAUGUUGCAACAUCGAUCUCGCCAUCAGGCUGGGUUGCUGCUUGCUCGGCAAAGCAGGUACGGCUAUACAACGUGGGGAGCGCGAACAAGAGUCGCCAAAUUCCACUUCAUGUCGAGCUGAGCAUACCACUUGGUAAGAAGGAGGAGAUCCGAGGUGUCGCAUUAACAGAGGAUUUGCUUGCUGUAAUUACACAUAUGCAACUGUUGGUCUACGAUGAAUACAGCCGCGAAACACCAAAUUUAGUGAAAGCCCAACGCGUCGAUCAAGAUGAAUGCUGGAUUCCAAGGUCGGUAUCAAUCUCGCAAAGUGGUUCCCCUUCUAUUGACAGGAUCGCUACUGCCAGCGUAGCAGUGGGUGGGGAAGGAGAAAGCGGCGUGAAACUGUUCAGAUACAAGUACACCACAGGCUGGAACGCGGAGAACAACCGCACGAUCUUGUCAUGUCCGAGAAACACUGGGGCUAUCAAGGUUGUCGGCUUUUCGCCUCACCGUAGCGAUGUCCUGUAUGGUCCCAUGGCCUUUGCUUUGUCGACAGGAAAUCGAUUGUAUUGCUGGGUUGUGGGUCGAAGCUCGUGGCCUCGGUCGACCACUCGUCUGAACCCGAGCUGGUAUGUCGACUGCAACUCCAGUAGUAGCGGGGGCGCUUUACGCGAUGAGAUAACAAACGCGGCAUUCGUAAUAUCUCCGAUCGGCAAACCUCACAUACUCUGCACAGUAAAUCAUAGGCCAGGAUCGCAUCUUCCCCCAACUUUUAUCGUGCCAGUCGAUACCCUCGAAUAUGAUCCACAAAGCCUUCGCCAGCAAAUGAAUUCAAUACCUGGCAGUGUGAUUGGGUCAAGCGUUCUCGCGGGUACCGCAUCUCGUAAUGGCCGGUUCUUGAUCGUUCUAGAAGAGAAUGGGCAUAACGACUACAACAUGAAAUUGUUGACCAUUCGCGGGGCGCACACGGGCGGUUUGACUUGCUCCGCUACUGGCAUGCUAUCAUGGGCGGUCAAGCUGCGGGUCACCAACACUCUCGCUACCAAAGUCUCGAUCUUCAUCCAAGAGCAGAAUGCCGCACUCGAAAUCAUCGCAAUAGAUGGACAAGGACAUAUCGUACAUUCAAGAAUCAGCGUACCGGAAAUGCUGCAAGACCAGCCGCGACCUCUUCCACCACUCAUACAUGAGGCACCUUAUGAGCUUGCAGUCCCUGAUUGA